UCAUGCUGCUUGCCAGGUCCAGAGUGUCUCAUGGGUCCCUGUACGGCCUCCCAUUGCUGCUGUCUCCAUCGCCACACUCUGCCAUGUGCCACUUUCAGGUCUCCUCACACUGCUGGUGGGUUUCCAUUUUGUCAUAGGGUGCUGGCAGAUUACGGGCCUCCCAUUGCUGCUGCCAGGCCCGUAAUCUGCCAUGGGCCCCCGUACCGCCUCCUCAUGCUGCUGCCAGGUCCAGAGUCUCUCAUGGUAUCCCUGUACGGCCUCCCAUUGCUGCUGUCUCCAUCGCCACACUCUGCCAUGUGCCACUUUCAGGUCUCCUCACACUGCUGGUGGGUUCCAUUUUUUGUC